AUGGAGAAAAAAAGUUACCAACACAACUAUUUUAAUGGUGAUGGGUUUAAUAUAAAUAGUGUAAAUUAUAAUUUUAACAAUAGUCAAUACAAUGAUACAAAUUUCAAAGGUUUUAAUAAUAAUAAAAAUAAUAAUAUAAAUAAUAAUAUAAAUAAUCAAAAUAAUCAAAAUAAUAAUAAUAAUAUAAAUAAUCAAAAUAAUAAUAAUAAUAAUAAUAUAAAUAAUCAAAAUAAUCAAAAUAAUAAUAAUCAAAAUAAUAAUAAUCAAAAUAAUAAUAAUAAUAAUAAUAAUAAUAAUAAUAAUAAUAAUAAUAAUAAUAAUAAUAAUAAUAAUAAUAAUAAUAAUAAUAAUAAUAAUAAUAAUAAUAAUAAUAAUAAUUAUAAUGAAAACAAUAUAAAUGAACAUUAUAAUUACAAUAGCAACAAAAAGAAUAACGAAGAAAAUAAGAAUGAUAUUUUAACACCAAGUCGUAGUUUUAUAAAUAAGAAUAAUGAAUCACCAAUAUAUGGUAUCGAGAUACCAGAAUAUAAUUUACAAUGUAGCAAUAAAAUUUAUCUUCCCUUUAGCAAUAACAGACACUACUCAGAUAUAAAUAGAUCUUCAAAUGAUCUAAUAAUAAUAAUGAUAAUACUGAUAGUAAUAAUAAUGUCCACAGAAAUCACACUAACUAUAGCCACCUCCACAACAGCAACAACAACAACAAUAGCCACUACAACAACAACAACAACAACAACAACAACAACAACAACAACAACAAUAAUAAUUACACACACAACCACAACUACAACCACAACCACAAACACAACCACAACCCCACACACAACCACAACCCCACACACAAUCACAACCCCACACACAAUUACAACCCCACACACAAUCACAACCCCACACACAAGCACAACCCCACACACAAUCACAACCCCACACACAAUCACAACCCCACACACAAUCACAACCCCACACACAAUCACAACCACACACACAAUCACAACCCCACACACAAUCACAACCACACACACAAUCACAACCCCACACACAAUCACAACCACACACACAACCCCACACACAAUCACAUACCCAAUCACAGCUGCAACCCCAAUAACAACAUCACUGACAGAAUCGUAG